ACGAUCAGUUUCAGUUGAAUGCAAUCAGCUCACGACAACACAACGCGCUCAAAUGCAGUUGACGCUUACAUUUCCGGUUUCGCUGGGGCUUCUGCUGGUGCUCUUAGCUGGUGCUCAUGCACAGGAUAUAAGGCCCGAGUUCCCAGUGGAUUUUCCACGGCCCACUGAAGAAGGUACGACUGGAGUAGUCACAGAAGAACCUACGACGCCCAGUCCUACAGGAGAUGAUACGACUGAGGCACCCACAGAAGAAGCUACGAGUGCAGGAUCCCCAGAAGAAGCUGCGACUCCAGCAUCCACUGAAAAUGCUAUGAGUGCAGGAUCCGCAGAAGAACCUACAACCACAAAAAAUGAUCAGAUCACAACAACGACAACAGAAGCUCCCAAAACCACAACGACAACAGAAGCUCCCAAAACCACAACGACAACAGAAGCUUCCAAAACAACAACGACUACAGAAGCACAUCCUCCGACUUAUAUACCACCAUACGCACCACCCACAAUCAGCAAUCGACCUACUUCCACCACCAAAAAUCCUUGGAUCUUGAACGAGCCGGCUGAGAGAUGCUAUCUGAGAGAUCAGAGGGAUUACGGCUAUCGGAACGGGGGAUGUGGACCUUGGGGCUGGCGGUCGACGAUAAGCUGCUAUCGCUGCUGCUACUUCGCCCACCGCAAUGUGGCCGGGUGCAGUAAAAUCCAUCGUGGCCGCUGUGGCUACCACUAGGGGAAACCCUGAGGAAACAUCUGCUGUAAUAUUUCGAGUAAAACACGUUUGUAAUAAACAUUUCGAACAGAAAUAGUAAUCAAAGUAA